AGUGCGAAUAAAUACACCAAAGAACCAGAAAACAAGAACAUUAUUCAAAUAGACUUUACAUAAGAGGAGAAAGUGGACAUCCAAGCUGUAUAUUUAAAGCUGGAAAUAUUAAGCAACUGAUUUUAUUUCCGUCGCGGCUUUUCAUUAGAGCUAGAAACCGGGCGAGUCGAUGACACGCGCGUCCCUUUACCAGCAUCCGUACAAGCUGAAGCCGCAGGCACGCGCAGUUACUCCAAUUACUUCAAGGAGAUAGUGCUUCCCUGCGGACGCGCGCCGGGCCAUCUUAGACAAAGUUUCCAGCGUCCAGCCAACCUCGCCCACUGGGGGAGAAGCUGUGCCCGGACGGCUCCCGGCGUUCCAGUCCUCGUCCCCGCCCUCUCAUUGAUAGGUGGUGGCGCGGCCAAUCGGUGGCGGCGUCUCAUGACUAUGCGAUGAAAGCUCGGCCGGCCAUUGCGAAGGCGCUGGGGUGACAGCGCCGAGCGCGCGACGGCUGAAAGGUGGGCGUCGGCCGGCUGGUUGGCUACUUGGCUGACUCGAGAUGGCGGCAGCGGCCUUGUAUCUGGAGCACUACCUGGACAGUGAGCAUUGAAAGCCUCCCCUGUGAGCUACAGAGAAACUUCCAACUUAUGCGUGAACUGGAUCAGAGGACAGAAGACAAGAAAGCAGAAAUUGAUAGUCUUGCUGCACAAUACAUUUCAACAGUGAGGAAUCUGUCAUCGGAGCAACGAGUAGAAAUCUUGCAGAAGAUCCAAAAUGCUUAUACAAAAUGCAAAGAGUAUAGUGAUGACAAAGUGCAGUUGGCCAUGCAGACCUAUGAGAUGGUGGACAGGCACAUUCGACGGCUGGAUGCUGACCUUGCCCGAUUUGAAGCUGAUCUGAAGGAUAAGUUGGAAGGCAGUGAUUUUGAAAGCCCUGUGACACAAAACCUAAAAAAGGGAAGAAUUCCAAAGGAUAAGAAAACCUCUCGUGGUCGAGGCCGGCGAACAUCAGAGGAAGAUGCUCCAGUGAAAAAGAAGCCAAAACGAAGAUCUGAAUUAGUUGAUACCAUCCUGUCAGUUCACCCUUCUGAUGUCUUGGACAUGCCAGUGGAUCCCAAUGAACCCACAUACUGCUUGUGCCACCAAGUAUCGUAUGGAGAAAUGAUUGGUUGUGACAACCCUGACUGUCCAAUUGAGUGGUUUCACUUCGCUUGUGUGGAUCUCACAACCAAACCCAAAGGGAAAUGGUAUUGUCCUCGCUGUGUGCAGGAGAAGAAGAAGAAGUAGAAAUGAUGUGCAGUAUGAAAAAAGUUUAAUAUAUUCCUAUGUUGCAAUAUUUUGUCUUCAUCACCAACCCACCAUGUUUGGCCUGAUACAAAACAGUAGCCUGAUGUUCUCUUUAUUAGCCAUCUUAAUGAUAAAACUGGGUUAUAGAGGACGUGGAUUAGGGAUAAUUAUUUGGGUUACAAAGUACACUUCUUUGGCACUGUAAUCAAUGGUAUGAAGUACUUAAGAGUAGGUCUGCACUGGAAUUUCUGCUAAUAUAUUUAACCCUGUGAAAAUUGCCUGUGGCCUUUCAUAUGAAGAGGACAGCAUUUUUUGUUACCAAAAAUAUAAUCACUUUGGGAAGCAUCCAACAGUGUCAUUCUGCUGGCGGAACGGCAUGUUUUUUCUUCCAUUUCCCAAUGCAUCCUCUAAAAUUAUUUUAGAGAUUUGGAAUGAGCAUUGGGAAAUGGAGUCAGUGAAGGAAGAGUCCUAUUGUGUGAGGAGGAUGGAACUGCAUAAUAUUUAUGAAGUCUUUUAAAUCCAAUAUCAAAACUUUUAUGAUUGCUGAUAAGGAGUGGAAUCACAUAGCUCACUUUUGCAGAUAGAAUUUCCAUUUGUACAACAUUGGAUUCUGUUCAAGGAGGGGGUUCUGAUUUUGAACAUGCAGUUUUGCCCCUUUGGAAAUAAGUUUGCACAGUCAUAUUUCAAACAAAGAAUAGAAGUAAUUUGUAUUUGACUAGGGGAGUUCACAAGUAAAAUUCAGGAGUUAUACGCAUAUUCUUAUUGUUUCUAUGUACUGCUACCUCUGGACUUCAUUCUGGUUUCACUGAAAUUGCAUGCUCAUUCCUACGGAUAAAAAAACUGCUUAAUAAAAACAAUAGUUAGCUAAGAGAUGGAUGUGAUAUCAAUAUAGUAUAAAUCCCUCAUAAAAUAAAGUAAGAUUUAAUAUUUUAAAAUAAGUUUUGCAAUGUUAACAAAGGACCAGAAAACUAGUUUUCAGGGAAUAACAGUUUUAGGAAAGGAGAAAUUCAUGUAACUGCACAAAAAUAUUUGAUGGAAUGUUAUAUUGAGGCUUGUCUGAUGUGAAAUGUUCAUGUUCUGACUUCACUGAGAUACUUUCUACUACCUAGUGUAAAUAAUGGCAUUCUUUUCUUUUCUAACUUUUCUAAGUUUCUCAGGUAGAAGAUAGGCGUCUCCCCCCCCCAAAAAAUGCUGAAAGUGCUUCUUUUGCCUAUCUGUCACUAUUCUCUCGGUAGUUCAGGGUUUGCAUGCUUUUGUAUAAUUCAUAAACCUGACAAUUCUGUUCAGAUAGACGAAAAGGUACACUUGUUCACCAAGGACUCUGUCAUACAAUCUUCAGCUUUUAAAUUGUAUAUUUUAAAUUUUAAAGUAAAAAGUGAAGGCAGUUCAUUUUUAAAGGGGAGAAGUAAAUAGCCAGUUCCCUAAUUUGCUACAGCUGGCUUUAGGUCUAAUGUAAAAAUGAUUGCCAGUAGUGAUUAACAAACAGCCAGUAUAUAACACACACAGUUGUGCUAACUACAAUUAUUCAGCUGUACAGAAUUUAAGAUUUUUUAUAUACUGUCAAAUGUUAAUAAUCAGUGCACUCCUUUGAACAAUUGUCACCAUCAUAAUGAAUCCCAUUUCUGAAUGGGAUCUGAAAAAGCAAUCUGAAAAAGCAAAACACUAGAUUUUUAAAAAAUAUACUCAACAUUUUUAGUUUACAUUUAGAAAAAACUCUUAUAAGAGUGUGGUUUUUAUUAUGGAAGAAUGCACCUUCUUACACUUUUUUAUACACAAUUUUGUAGGUAGUAAUGCAGUUCAGUUACAGUAGUCUUUGUAUCACUUUAGGUUUUCUGUAGCUGUACUGUACUUGUUUUUUAAAAGUGCAAAUUACAUUGUUUUCCUAAGAAGGAGAGAAGGAAAUAACCUUGUAGUAUUCAUGCCAUAGUAUCCUUAUAUGCUUCCAGAAAGUUGCAUUACUAUAUAAUGUUCUGCUAUUUUCAAGUUUAAGGAUUUUUGGAAAACAGAACUAUUACCCCAAGUCAGAUUUCUUGAGUUACCUACAAAAGAGAUGAAGCAAUGCAAAAAUAAUACUUUCUACAAAUGAACCGGAGUGAUUGAAGCCCUGAAGUCAGAAAUGGGCAGUCUGUAGCAACAUAAAUGUUGUUGGAUAAUUCCAUCAUCUCUCAUAUCAUUCAUGCUGAUUAGUUGGCAGACAUCAGGGAUCAGCAGAAUCUGGAGAACCAUAUUGCAUCUAUCCCUGCCCUAAGUUAUGAUAAAUUCAUAGAAAAGAGCAAAAUAUAAAUGUGAAAUAGGGGAUGUGCUAUACUGAUCCUCUAUAAAAUAAAUUAUGCUUCCAUAGGUAGUGAUGCAUCAGUUUGCUAAUCUAUUAUGGUCUGUCAGAUGCUUGGUAAUUCCCUUGUUUCACAAUCCCAGUUGUAGCAUAAUAAAAAUUACAUUGAGUAUCUUACAGGAUUCUUGAGCAACCAUAUGUAGUUUUUAUAGCUGCUGAGUCAUAGUUUUUCUAGCCUCCAGUAAAACAUUGAUAAUACAUUUGCAUUCAUUGACAGCAGUUCUUGUGAGAAUUCACAAAUCAAUAGUUCAGUUAUUAACACAUAUUAAUUAUGGCUUUUAACCUUCCAUUCCAGACUGUAGAGGAAUGUGGCAUUAGUUUAUACUAUAAUAACGAUUACUUUCAAAUUAUGUUUCUUCUGUCAGUAAGGAGUAGUGUACUGUAGGUUGAUGGUAAAGACUCUUUUUAUGUGAUAUCAACAACUAGUGCUGCUAUGUAGCUCCUGAAGUAAAUUAGAUUGUUAACUUUAUCAUAAACAAGAUUUAAGACCAUGCUUCAGUCCCAAGGAUUUAGGCAUUUAGUAUGUGUGUGUGAAAUAUGUUUCACCAUCCAAUUUCUGAAGAACAGUAUUGGACUGAGCAACUAUCCCAUGUGAACAUGUCUAUUUUGAAAGAAGACUUUGCACUGAUACCAACUAGUUCAUGUUUAAAGUUUUAAAAUCCAUAUUGAUUUUGAACUUGUCACCUUGAUUCUUGUCUUUGGAGAAAGUAUUCUGAAUGUUGACUGUAUCCUGUUUCAUUAUUGAAACUUGAAUGUGAGGAGCUGAGCACAAGUUUCAAAAAAUAAAGAACAACUCCAUUUUUCAAAAAGAAAUCACAGAAGUUAUCUUUUUCCCCAUCAUUUCUCAUAAAUAAAUGUCACAGCCUAAAUUUUCCAGUCAGAACUUUAGGUUUAUGUUUCCUUUGUAAAUGAAGAGAAUAUUAUAAAUCUUUUUAUUAAAAUGUGAAAUGUAUUUUUGAUCAUGUUAUAGAUAUAUUAGGUAUAUUAUUAUAAAUAAAGUAUUUUUGAGAACAAACAUAUAAACUACAUGUUUUGUUUGUUUCUGAGAUAGAAAAUAAUCCACAAGCUAGAAGUGAAUUUGUUUUGCAAACAAAAUCUGUAUAUUUUUAAGUUUUAACUCAUGCUUUAAACUUCUGGGAAAGAAAGCUCAGUUGUAUAGUUGACUUUUAUUUCAAGCUCCAUCCCAGGAAUCCUUUGAAUGAUUUGCAUUUUCCUUUUAUGCUUUAUACCUAAUCUGGAAUAUAAUUGUCUGAUACUCUAAAUGGAAUUAAUCCACAUUCACCACUGCAUAACAUAAUCUUAUAGGAAACUAUGGGAGAAGAGUCUGUGGUUCUGACCAGUUUCAUCCCAUUCUCAUUGCUCAAAACCUCUAGCCUAAAGGGCAGUUGUACAUUUGAGGGCAUAACCACCUUGAAUUCAUCCAUACUUCAAGCAGUUGUUUCCAUCCCAAUAGAAUUCAUGGUCUUCUGGUUUCUGGCCAGGUGCCUUAACCGCUACACCAAAUUGGCUCUCACUAUCUAGCCAAUUAUUGCCAUAGGUAUAAUAAGCAACUAUACAAUAUGUACCUCUAUGCACAAAUGAUGGUUGGAUGAGUCAAGAAAAGAUUUGUCACUGAAAAAGAUUAACUUUAGGCCAGGCUUCUUAAUUUCUGACCAAUGCAUUAUCUUACAUCAGGACAAAAAUAUUCUAGCCUUCCCUGAGGGAUGUUUAUGUUGCCAUCAUUGAUCUGAAGGCAGCUUUUGAUUCAGUUCUCCUGAGUGGCUAUGGUAGGAAUGAGCUGUUUCCUCUACUGAUUGAUGCUUUUGCAAUUCAUGUUUUAUAAGGAUACUUCCAUGCAAGUUAAAUGCAUUUUCAGUGGUAUUCUGACAGUGUCGAUCCACAUGCAAAAAUAAGUCAAAGGUAUAUCCUCCCUCCUUUAAUGUUUAUGCCCUCUUCAAAUUUGAAUCUCAUCCUCCCUCACAAAUCUCAUAGGUUAGGUUCCCUACUGUUACACUGAUGACACUGCUAUUUUCUCCCUGACCCAAAUUGGCCUCUGUCAUAGCCUCUGGGUAUUUGCUGAAUAUUGCCAAAUUACUGAAUAAACUCUUUUAAAAGGUAUUGUUCUUCACCAAGAGAUGUUGCUAGUGUAAGUGGAAAAGUAAUAGUUUUCUUAUAAGUUAAAGUGUUUAAAUAUUUAGGCAUCUAUUUUAAGUCACACACUUCCCAGACACAGCGCAGUUAUAAGAUUUGCUAACUGUUGAUGUUAGCAAAUUGUUUAUUGUUAUUGUUUUAUUGUAAACAAGGUUAACCUUGGGUGUCGUGUAUAAUAUGGUUUGUGUUUUAAUCCUUCUGUACCACCCAGAUUCACUGUUGCAAGAUGGGUGGCCAUAUAAAUAAUUUAAAUAAAUAAAAAUAAUAAAUAACUGCAAUGUGAACAUAUUGUUCCUUGUGACUAUUACAGUAUUUAAUGCUAUAGUGCUGGUCCUGUUCAUACCUGCUUUAUAGCUUGAUCAUACUAUAUUUUGAAGCUAUUCAAUCUGAGUUCAUUAGAAUCCUACUGAGAGUCUUCUGUUUUACUCCAACUAGCCCUUUCUUGGUUAGAACUUCAAUGUUCCUCUGUAGUAGCCCAAACAAAAAUCUGCCUGUAACAUUGGCUGAGACACUCCAUGGGCAAAUUGCUGGCCCAGUUCACUUUUGCUGAUAAGCUUAUCUUCACCUGGAAGAAGACCACUACCAGCAAUUUGUCCUUUUGUCCCUUCUCUGCCUCAUUUCUACAAUCCCUUAGAAUUGAUAAAGCCAUGCAAGUAUCGAACAGAGAAUCCUUGAUAUGGACUUAAAAUUCCAUAUUAUUGUCUCAAGAACCUCUUUUACAGCCUUUCCAUGAUCCCUGACUAUCUUUACAGGAUUACUUCUACUACACAUAGGAGAACACUCAUGUUAGCAAACUUUAGAUUUUCUACUUCCUCCUCUCAACUAAGACAUCAUAUGGUUUAUUUAUUUUGGCUUAAUGUGCUGUGCAAACCCAGUCAUUAGAGUUUAUAAAUCAUAGACUAUGGCCUAGCAUGUUGUAUGAAUGAGGCAA